AAGGCGUGCAGUGUUGACUGGGUGACUCUAUAUUUUAAAAUAAAAACAUUUAAAACUGAAACCUUUAUCACUACCCGCCAUGUGGGUAAUAAGGAUAGGAGUAUCUAAGGAAGCAUGGGCGUUUAAAUUACGGCGCUAAUGAAAGCCAUGGGCGGGCGAGGCGCAGUGCGGUCGAGCGCUAGGCUUAGUGCUGAAACCACCCAGGCUCCGUCAACUUCUAAUGUUCCUGGAACCAAAGUGAGGCCUGUGGCAGCUGCUGCAGCCGCAGCUGCCAGAAGGGCUAGAGCAGCAGAGCGAGCACGCGAAGUUGAAGAUAGCCCGCGGGUCUUGAAAGAAAAAUGCCGAAGACUGGCCAGGGCGCUGCGCAACGCUAAGCAUCUUGUUGUCUACACAGGAGCUGGAAUUAGCACGGCAGCUGACAUCCCUGACUACAGGGGCCCCCAUGGAGUAUGGACUCGACUGCAACGAGGAGAAAGUGUGGGCCGCGUGGAGGUAUCUCGAGCGAACCCAACCUUCACUCACAUGGCGUUAACCGCUUUGUGGGCGCGAGGAGCCCUCAAAUUCGUCGUGUCACAGAACUGCGACGGUCUCCACCUGCGCGCCGGCCUGCCCCGCCGAGCGCUGGCCGAACUUCACGGCAAUAUGUUCGCGGAGUUGUGCGCGCCGUGUCGCAAGCUAUACCUGCGAUCGUUCGACACGACGGAGCGCACGGCGCGGCACCGGCACGGCACGAGGCGGCUGUGCCACGCCUGCGGCACGGAGCUCAGGGACUCCAUAGUGCACUUCGGGGAGCGCGGCAGGGCGGCCUGGCCUUUGAACUGGGCUGGAGCGCUGCGGCACGCUGCUAGAGCCGAUGUCGUCUUGUGUCUCGGAUCUAGUCUGAAGGUCCUGCGUCGUUACGGUCGGCUGUGGCGCAUGCACAGCGCCCCCUCGUCGAGGCCGGCGCUGUACAUUGUCAAUUUGCAAUGGACGCCCAAAGACUCCGUCGCGAAGCUGAAGAUAAACGCGCGCUGCGAUACUGUUAUGAGACAGGUGGCACGGCGACUGCGACUCCGCGUCCCCCGGUACGACUCCCCCCGGGACCCCGUGAUCUGGCACGCGGAGCCGCUGGCGGCGCCCGAGGCCCACACCACGCGGCGCUCACCACUCCGGGAUGACCCCGCGUCCGACGGGUCCGCUUACCACACCGAUGCGUCUUCUCCAUCGGCCUCGGAUUCUGAUGAGGAGGUGCCACUGAGGAGGCUAGCAGAUCGGUUGAAGGCUCCCACUCUUAAGGCUUUUAAGGUAAAUUUAAUGUCCGGUGAAGCGACGAUCCUGCUCCGCAAAGAGCACGCCCCCUCCCCCUCCCCCAGCCCCGCCCCUCACUCCCCGCCGCGCUCAGCCACUUCAGAAUUACGUCGCUUCCGUAUCCGUCGUCGGCACACGCCGCCUCCCACCGAACCGCCCCACGCCCACACUCCCAAUACUCAUCCCAGACUGAACGGAAUCGAAAUCAAGACAGAACGGAUAAAGAAAGAAGAGGAACUGUCAAAUGGUACUCUAGGAUCUCGUCUGCGGAAACUUCUAGAACAUGAUCCUCUUCCUUUGGUGAAGAAAGAGGAGGACGUGAAGAGGGAACCGCCUGAUAGUAAACUGAACGAUAUUGAACCUCACGAAGAUCGCAACGGCUCGCUGGCGGCCGCCAUCAUCGCUCGCGCGGUUCUGCUGUGUAGGGCUUCGCUGUAUUCCGGAUUUCAUACGAUAAUCUCCCAGCCGCCUGCCACCCCCACCCCUCCUCCGAGCCCUGCCCAAUGCUCGUGGUGCGAGAAGCACUUCGGCUCCCGUCGCUGCUUAUGGUACGGGCCGCCUCGGGAGACCUCGCUGUCGGCCCGGGUGUGGCGCAAGAUCAAGGGUAGGAAGUAUCUAUGCGCCUGCUGCGGCGACGGGGAGGACGGCAGGACGAACGGGGAAGAGACCGGGGGCUGGUACGGGAAGGGCUAUCGCAAGGGGCGGCGCAGGAAGCGGUAGCGACCCUCCGUCCCGGAUCAACCCGAUCCGAGGACGAAUCCAGGGCUCAAACAUAACGAACAAUAAUAUGUGAUCUAGUUUAAUUAGUUAAUGUUCCGAGGACGCUCGGCGGGAUCGCGCUAAUUUAUUUUUGUAUUCGGUACAAGUGGUGUGUGUGUGUCGUGUAUGUCAGCAACUAAUAUUGACCGUUCAAUAUUUUGUCUUUGUAAACUAAACUUUAUUUGACGUAUCGUUUAAAGUCUAUUUUACGACGUCUCUGCGUAUAUGAUUGAUCGUCAAUAACACAAUAUAUUUGACAUUAGAUUGAUGUAUAAAUUUACCUUUUCCGUUAUUUUAAUUUUGAACAAAUUAUUUGCUGUACAUUACUUGGUCACGGCAACCUCUCGAAUAAUGUUCGUAUAUAUGUAACCUCUAUACGAUUAAACCUUAAAGAGGUUAAUAUGUCAUUUAUAACAUUCUUCUUUAGAUGACAUAAAUAGAAUUUCGAUUAUUGAAACAUUAGAA